CGGAAAGGGGAACAGCUACUGAAAACAAAGGCGACACGGUGGCAGUGGGUGGUCGUGUGUUUCACCAAGCAGGUGGAGAGACUCUUCAAUCCCGGUGCCCGCGAGGAGCCCCGCGCGACAGACGUGAUGGAUGCAUCUGAUCAAGAAGGGUUGGUUGGGGAUGCUGAUCAGCCUGUGGCACCUCCCAAUGGUGGCAUAAAUGAACUGCUGAAUGUGGGACAAGAAGACAACAUGCAUGGCCAGAUGGAGGAGUUUCUGGGCCCACAGGCAGAGUACAACGAAGAGGAAGAGGAGAGGAAAUACUACAGGAGGAAGAGGCUGGGUGUCAUCAAGAAUGUUCUUGCAGCAAGUGUUGGAGCCAUGAUUGUGUACAGUGUGUACAUGGGCCUUCUGCAGAUGCAGCUGAUCCUCCAUUAUGAUACGACUUACCGCGAGGUGAAGUACAGCAACCUCGGCCUGGAGGACAUCGAUCACAAGAUGCUGAUGGGCAUCAAUGUCACCCCCAUCAUAGGUCUGCUGUACACCCCUGUACUUAUCAGGUUUCUAGGCACCAAGUGGAUGAUGUUCCUGGCCUCAGGAAUCUACGCACUCUUUGUCUCAACCAAUUACUGGGAGCGGUACUACACCCUGGUUCCGUCAGCCGUAGCCAUCGGCGUGGCCAUUGUGCCGCUCUGGGCUUCCUUGGGAAAUUAUAUCACAAGGAUGGCACAGCAGUACUACGAGUACGUCAACUACAAGGAAGACCAUGUGCAGGAGCAGAAGAAGCUCCCUAAAGGAGCGUGCCACAGUUACAUCAUUGUCUUCCACUCAGUCUUCAACAUCAUCUUCCAUCUGAGUUUUGUCUUUGCGGAGUUCCCCAUGCGCUUCGUCCUCAACGAGUACCUGCAUGAAAACAAACACAUUCUCCAAAGUGUCCAAUCCUGCGGAGCUAACAUCAGUGGAGUGAUCCCCGGCCUCAACAAAACUGUGCUUACCAGCCUGCCUCGCUCCAUGCUGCUCAUCCAGGUGGAGAGUGUCCUCAUGGGCUUCGCCUUCCUUGCCAUGAUCAUCUUCCUUGCGCUGUGUGGCGCUGCCUACCGCCCAACGGAAGAAAUCGACCUCCGCAGUAUUGGCUGGGGAAACAUCUUCCAGCUGCCUUUCAAACACCUGAGAGACUACCGCUUGCGACUGCUCUGCCCCUUCUUCAUCUACAGCGGAUUUGAAAUCCUGUUUGCAGUCACUGGAUUUUCCCUGUCCUAUGGCGUCUGCGUCUUGGGCCUGCAUAAACUGUGGCUCCUUAUACUCGUCUAUGGCCUCUCCUGCUCCAUCUUUUCCUCCCUCUCCCUUUGCCUCCUACGCCUCCCGCGCUGGGUGUGUCUGGUGGGUGGCGCUGCUGUGCAUGCAGUGCUGCUGGUGGUGCUCCUGGCGUUUUCUCCUCCUCCUAAUAGUCCGGAUUAUCUGGGCCCUCUCCUGGUGAUCUCUGUGCUGUGGGGACUUGGCACAGCCCUGAACAAGACGGGCAUCAGCAUUCUUAUCGGUAUGCUCUACGCUGAGGAAAAAGAACGUCUGGACUUUGUCUACACCAUCUAUCACUGGUGGCAGGCCAUCGCCAUCUUCAUAGUCUACCUCUGGUCCCACCUGCCCAUGAGGGCUAAACUCUCCAUCCUGUUGGCUACUUUAUUGCUGGCCUGCUACUGCUAUUGGGUGAUGGAGCUUCGGCUGGCCAGGAAAGUGCCUUUCAGACUGCCUCGCAUCCCGCGGCCACGGCACAAGGUCAAAGGUUACCGCUACCUGGAAGAGGACAACUCGGAUGAGUCAGACUCUGAGAGAAGUGAGGAGGAUGACGAAGAUGAGAAGGAGGACGAAGAGCAUGUGGCGGAGGAGAUGGGAGCGGAGGACAGGGAGGAAGGAGGCCAAGACGCAGGGGUCCAAGGAGUUGACUCACCCAAAGCCAGGAGGAGAGGGGCCGAGGGUCACCGCCACAGACAGGAGGACGCCCAUGUGAAGGAGGGAGUGAGAGAAGAGCGUGAGGGAGGUUGA